UGCUCACCACCGGAAAUAACAAAAACAGGCGGGAAAUUGAAAGCUCGAGUAUGUCAGAUUUUAUUUAAUGUUUUUAAACAAAUUAAUUGCCAAGUUAAUGUAGGCGUAUGGACAGAUGGACGUAUCUUCCACUAGUGCGGCGACAGAAAAAAUAUUAUAUUUAACAACGUUAAAAUCGUUUUCAACGCCUCACGCAAACCUCGCUAACUGACACUGUUAGCAGCUAGCUUGUUGUUGUUGUCGUCGUCUGUCAGGAUGGCGGACAGAAAUCUAUUGCAGGAGUUGAAGCGUUGGGCGACUAAGGAGUUCAACCUGCCCCCGGACAGCCUGCCUUAUGACAGCUACUUCAAAACGCUCUGUGUUGGGACAGGGAAGCCCAUAUGGAACUAUGUCACCCAACACGUUUUCCAACUGAGGAAUGUGAGGAUCAUGCGUGGCAAUCUGCAGUGGUACAAAGUUCUUCAGGACAAAGAGAUGAAGCAGGCUGAGGGUCAGAGCGAGGCGGCCAAGCAGAGAGAACUUCAGAGGAAGAUAGAGCAGCUAAAAGCUGAGAUCAGUCACCUGGACUCUCAGAUCAGUGGGACAGAGGAACAGUUGGCCACACAAGAGCAGUCUAUCAGUCGUACCUGGGCCCAGGUGGAGGACAGUCAGCGCAGAGAGCUGCUCCUUCAGGCCUUCAGGCAGAGCUGCGUUCAGGGCUGCAAGAUGUUGUCUGAUGAUACACAAAAGAUCAGCGGACACUGUCAGGCACUGGAACAGAUGGCCAGGAAAGCAGAGAUGGAAGUUCUGUUUGAUGAAAAGUCUUCAAGCAACAGUGACGGUGACAAACUCAACUCCAAAACCACAGCGGAGGCACAGGUCCUGCGUCAAGUAAGAGAGCUGUGUGACGACAGGGUUCACUUCUAUCAGUCUCUACAAGAGAGUGAACUGAAAACAGCGCACUCUGCAUCCAAACAUGUGACUCGUGAACAGAGAACUGCAAUGUUUCAGUACUGGUUGAGUGCUGUGGAGAGCGUGUUGGAUGGUUAUCCUCCCAACCAUGUCCUCUCAGCAUUACAAUACUUAGCUUCCAGAGAGCAGAAGGAACUAGAGGACAAACUGCAUUCUCUGGAUGUGACUCGAGACGUGACAGCUUUGCGGUUCCGUUAUGAAAGCAAUCACCUCCUGGACAUGUCGGCAGAAGAGGAUAAUGAGUUGCCGCCGGUUAAGGCCCUCUUACAGGAUGCUUGGGAGGAGGUGGAGCAGAGUUUGUUGGAACUGGCCCAGACUCGCUCCAGAGUUCAGCAGCUCAAAAAUCAGCUGCAGGCCCGCAGGAAGGAGGCUGAGCAGGAGAUUUCUGUUAUUGCAGAUGAGCUCCACAAUGACACACUGGCACUGUCAGUUGUAGAGCUGGAACUACAGUGUGUGAUGCAGGCAGCAGCCAGAGAUCACAUCAGAAACCGCUGUAUUCAACUGGACCAACAUGCCAGAAGUCGCCAGGAAGCGCUCAGAAACCUCCGCAGCCAGUGGCAGAGCAUCCUGGACUUCAGACAACUAGUGGUUCUCAGACAGGAGCAGAUCAGAGGUCUGAUUAAGGGAAACUCCACGGCCAAGACGGAGCUGAUCCAUCUGCAAAGAGAGUUACAGGAAUUAAUCCAGAGUAAGCUGGUGCCACAGUUUGAAGAUGUCACCACUGCAGCCAACAGUCUAAGAAACUCUAUUUCUAAGGAUGUCAGACAGUUUGGAAUGGUUUCACUUCUCGCUCUGGACUGCAGGACUGUCGAGGGAAUCCAACGAAUCCCUGCAUCCUCACUGUCCAUCCAUCGGUUGCAGUCAUCAACCGUCAGCAGCCUGUGCCAGAGUCUGGCGUUCCCACUGUACAUGGCUCCGGAGGAGUUGUGUUUACAGGCACGAUCACAGAAGCUUGAGUUACGUUUUCUCCGUCAGUUACUACAACUUCACUCUGCUUCGCUGCAGAAAAUACAGAAGGAAACAGAAAUGCUGCAUGCAUCUGAUCAAAAAGCCUUGCUGUCGAGGGUCGUAGAGGACGAUCAGAAGCUUCUGAAGUGUCUGCUACCUAGAGUCAGAGGCCUCACCCAACGUUGUGCACAGGGCCUCUCCUAUGGGGACCAAGUCAAGACGGCCAUCUCUUACUGGUGGGAUCAACCAGCCCAGCAUGUCCUUCCUAUGGCCAAUAAAGGAGGACUGACUUUCCAACAGUGGCUUCAAAGAUGGAAACUGGCUGCCAAUGCCUCAUAGUUUAAAAAUCCUCUGUGGCAAUAUGCCCACGCUACAUUCAAGGCUGGACUACCAAAUGGGCAGAGUGGGCAACUGCCCCGGGGGCCGCAGACAUGGAGCUCAAAGGCCACAUGUUCAUCCAUUUUCACUGGUCUGACAGUUUGAUCAGUUAUAAAUGUGGUUCAUUAUUCGCACCACUAAAAUACUAUAUCAACUAAGGUGGGACCUGCAUUAUUAGCUAAUUAUACGGUCCUGUCUUUUGGUUGUGCACCAGGCCAAACUAUUGUAAGACCUUGAUUAUUUCAGUUUAUAUUGUUCUCAAGCGGAGGAUGUUCCAAGUCAAGUUGUGUUUAUUAAAAUGACCAUAAACUAAGACAUACUAAGUAUUAUUUCAGUAUGAGAAGUUUGGUUGCACAUGACUCGGUGGACACUUGGAGACGGGGUCGGGGUGACCACAGCGAAUAUUUGCCAUUGGGUGCCUUAACAGACUACAAUGAUUAGUCAAUUAGACUAAUUAGUUAGUUUGUUGCUUUUCUUGGUCUUACAUGAAAGGUUUUGAUGGUCACAUUGUGAUGGGCAUCUAUAACUGUUUCCUGCUGUUGAUUAUUUUCAUUCAAUUGAUAAUGAUCAAUGGCAGUCGUACUGUGAAGCAGAAUUGGUUGGCACUAAUCCGCACGUAUUCCUUUGCUGUUUAUUCUCGACAUUGCUCCUCUUAAUAUUGUACCAUGUGAAAGUCAGUUUCUAAUGAAUCAUUUCAAAUUCAA